AUGGACAGGGGUGGGAAGGUGCAUUGGAUCUGCCCACGCGCCCAUGGGCGGGUGAGGGUGGCAUGCUGUGAAGGACAAAGCCGAUCCGAGCACAUUGGCUACGUCAAGGAGCAACUGGAGCCUCCAAGGGCACCCACCACCCACCUGCCCAAUGAGUGUGUCCUGGCAGCAGGCACAGAGGUGGCUGCAGCUGCCAGUGUGACAGUGGGUCCCCCAGCCCUUCUAUCUGUCACAGCAGGAUGGGGCCAUGCAGAUCCAGACCCCACAGUGGGCAAUGCCAGUUCAAAGCCCCCCGGCAGCCUGUCCGCUCUCGAGCAGGGCUGUGGCUGGAUCCCCCACGCCGAGGGUGGUGAGGAGCAGCCCCUGCGCCUGCCCACCUUCUCACCUGCUGCCCAGGCCCGCGUGGCUGCCACCUUUGUCCUCUUUGUCCUCUCGGCUGGCUGCAACCUGGCAGUGCUGCGGGCAGUGGGGCACCGGCGGGGUGGCCACAGGUCCCACAUCCACCUCUUGUUGCGGCACCUGGCUGCUGCCGACCUGCUGGUGACACUGGCGGUGAUGCCGCUGGAUGCCAUCUGGAACAUCACCCUGCAAUGGCGGGCAGGUGACCUGGCCUGCCGCCUGCUCAUGUACCUGCGGCUGCUGGCCAUGUAUGCCUCUGCCUUCGUCACCGUUGUCAUCAGCCUGGACCGCCAAGCUGCCAUCCUGCGCCCGCUGGCCAUCGCCCGUGCCCGCAGGAGGAACCGCCUCAUGCUCCACAUUGCCUGGCUCCUCAGCGCAGGGCUCUCCGUGCCACAGCUCUUCCUCUUCCGCACCGUCACCCUGCGCCCGCCGCACAACUUCACCCAGUGUACCACGCGGGGUAGCUUUGCCCAGCCCUGGCAUGAGACCCUCUACAACAUGUUGGGCUUCAGCUGCCUCUUUCUGCUGCCACUGCUCAUCAUGGUCAGCAGCUACACCCGCAUCCUCCUGGAGAUCUCCCGGCGCAUGGGCUCCAGUCUCUUCUCCUCCCAGGACGUGUCCCUGCGGUGCUCGAGGAACAACAUCCCGCGGGCAAGGCUGCGGAUGCUGAAGAUGAGUCUGGUCAUUGUCUCCUCCUUCAUCCUCUGCUGGACCCCCUAUUACCUGCUGGGGCUGUGGCACUGGUUCUGCCCGCGGGCCAUGGAGAGGAUUGUCUCGCCAGCCCUCGCCCACAUCCUCUUCAUCUUUGGCCUGCUCAACGCCUGCCUGGACCCCGUCACCUAUGGGCUCUUCACCAUCCGCUUCCGCAGGCGCUGGGGCUGUCCCUGCGGGCAGGAUCCUGAGCCCCAGCCGCCCUCCCCGGCCACCGGCUCCUUCCGCUGCUCAGCCUCGUCCCUGCCAGCCAAACGGGGAGUCCCGCGGGUGCCCCCUGGGCCUGACUCCUGCCAGAGCAGCUCCUUGUGAGCUGGGCAAUGCCCUCUGCUCGUGGGGACACCCCGGGGCAAGAGAGACCUGGGAGCAAGCCAGCAAGGGCAGGACGGAUGAGCAAGGGUGGGGGUCGCCGUCACAGUCCUCCCACAUCCCAAGGUGUUCCUGUGGGUGGUGGGGCUGGCAUGGGUGUCCCCUG